AACCUUUGGGAAACACUGGAAAUAAAAGGUAAAAAUGGUCAAAAGAAAGAGUAAAACCUGAUCAACUAAAACAAGAAAAUUAAAUUUAAUGAAAAGUAUGAGCUCUUUACCAUGUAAAAGAGAUAACAGAAGUAAAAACCUAUGAUGGGAAUUAAGAAAAAGACUAAGAACAGAGAUAAUUCAUAAAAUGACAUAAAAUAAACAUUAAGAACUUUGAUUAAAAUGAACAUUUGCAAUAAGAGAAAUAUAAAAAGGCAGUUCGUUAAAAGCCUGGUUAAAAAGCCUCUUCUUAAAAACAUCAACAGUCUCUGCGGCCCUGAGGCUGUUUACACAUUAUAAUAUUAGGCGAUAUAUAAUUUAUUUUAUAUAAAUCUGAACAAAUCAAUGGUCCCUGAUCUUAGAGCAGCUUUUAGAGAAUAACAAAUAUUCUUGCAUGGCCAUAGUUGGCUCCCGCAGCAGCGUUUGUAUUAAGUAUCAAGUGCAGGCCAAUAUUUAGCCUGCCAGCCUCAGAGCGAGUCAAUGAAAGUUACAGACCGAUGAAUUUGCUGGAUUGAGUGUGAAGUGAUUUAUUUUGGUUGCAUAACCCACACGAGUGCUCCAGACUUUUACAAUCAUUCAUAUUUUGGAAAUUACGCAGCAGUGCCUGGAAACCAAGGCAAAGCGACAGUCAGGAAGUGUGAAAAAAAAUCCUUUCCUCUUCCUCCUCUGCAAGCUUUCCUGAACCAUAGAGGGAGAAAGGGAGAGAGAGAGAGAGAGUCCUCUUUCUCUCUCCACAUUUUUUAUCUCUCACCUCUCUAUCUCUAUAAUGCGUGUCUCUUUGCACAAUGUUUUCACACCGUGCUCUGUGUCUGUUUCCUCUGAAAUGUUUGCUUUACUGGAGAUUAGGAUGUUUUGUUCUAGUUGUGAUGAGGUUCAGCAGCCUCAUGGGUGCUCAAUAAACUUCACUUCACACCAGAUCAACAAGUUGGAUGGUGAAAGAAAAGGAAAAUCUGAGUUGUCUUUAAAAACACACACAGAGAGUUUUGGGUGGUUUGAGGUGAACCAUUAGUCUGUUUCUGUUUACUUGCUUCAUUUUCUCCAAUGAGGUGUUUUUCCCAGCACUCAGUCACUGUAUGUGUGUGUGUGAAAGAGAGAGAGAGUGAAAGAGAGAGUGAGAGAUCCAUUCUUUUUUUAAUACAGAGAGCAUGAUACUGCACAAAGACUCCAUUCAUCCCAUUUUAAUGACAUUACUAUAGUAUGUGGAGUGGCAUUUUGCUAAAUUUGGUAAAAACUGGAAAACACAUGAAAGAUACAUGCAAAAAUUCACGUUUUUUACUCCAAUAAUCAGGUUGUACGUGUAGAGUUGCAAGGAGUCACUAAAAGGAACAAAACUGAGACUUUUAAAGAAAAAAUCUUGGACUGUCUCACUUUUUCUUCCCUCAGACAGACGCCAUAUGCACGCCUCCAGUAGUCGACCCACUUUAGACUGCACAGAGCCAGCUCCUCUGUCGUUUGUCUGUGUGUUUGUCUCUGGGACAGAAAAGUUCAUCUUUAGUAAGAAGUGGUUAACACUUUAAUGAAGGGAAAUCGCCCUGAACUCUGAGGUGAACAUGUAGAGAUGGAUUGUAUGAAGCUGUUGGGCACUUUUAUCGCCGUUUUUUUCCACCCAGGAUCCGCCUCUGAUAUAGUUGGUAAGAAACUUCGUGAGAAAGAAAAGUCCUUCAAAAAAGCUAAUCGGCUAAUAUAGCUUAAAGUGUAACUUCGACUGUUAAAUCUUGAUAUUAUUUAGUAUAACGGAGAAGAUAGUUUGACUUCGCAGCGCUUGCUCGACUUUGCCAUUUGUAUAGGGGGUGUUUUUUUCACAUUUACUUCAUAAGUUAAUGCAGUGAGAAGAGAGUUACAUGGUUGAGACGAUUUAUAACGUACAAUGCUGGCUUUAUUUGAUGAAAAAGUUUCUAAAAAGUGAGGCUACAGGGGGCAAAAACGCAGCAGAACAGCACGUGACAUGGUCGACAACAACAGAUUCAAACCAGAGGCUCUGAAAAGAGUUGUGAUGCUGUAUUUCAAUGUUUCCUUUUUACCUUUUAAUAUUAUUAUCAAUAAUAAAACAAACUAAUUGGCCAACUUAACGUUUGUGCAAUGUGCAAUGAAAUCUUUUUCAAAAUAAAUCCAAAUUUAGUUGCUUAAGGAGAUUUUCUCUCAGUGGAAAGUAUUUGGAAACCAAUUUUAUGUAGGGGAGAGUGGGGUAAGUUGAGCCACCCCCUGUUGCUUGGAAAUGGUCAAAGAAUCUGAUCAUGUGACCAAAUAUUAAGGAGAUGGGCAUCAAUUCAUGGAGUCUGUGAAGGUUAGAAGCACAUGGAUGAAAGGGUUAGACAUUUAUCUCCAAAAAAACAUUUUUCACUCUUGAAAGUGAAUUUAGUCAGUCAUUAGUUAUAUAGGAAUUGUUUUCAGACCAAAAAAGAUCAUGUUAAAUUUGUUUUAUACACAAAUUGUGGUAUCUAUGAGCUACAACAUGAGGUCAAAAAACUUUUAAUAAAAGUCUACCAUUUUAGCUUAGAGGACUAAUAAAGUCAUCAUAAUAGUUCUGGGGUAAGUUGAGCCAGUGACUCAACUGAGAAAGUAAAGAAGUCUGAUGAGAGGAUCAGAGUUUCAGUUCAGAUUGUUGAAAUGUGUUACUUUUUCUUUUCAAGAAUACAGCUGUGAAUGUUCUGAAUCACCAUAGGAGACCACUUUUUUCGGCAUGCUAUUAUAUUAUUAUGCUAUAUUAUGUUAUAUUUACACUCAUGCUGUUGGUUUGCAGGGAUGCACAACAUCUUGAAAUAUAUGCAGAUACACUAGUUAGAGACAAAACUAUGAUUGGCUUGCUGUAGUGAUCCGAAAUAUGAAAAAUGGCUCAUCUUACCCCACUCUCCCCUAUUUUUUAUUUUCAUGAAAUGUUAACAGUAGCCAAGGUUGACUGCUUAAUAAGAACAUAAUUUUUGUCAUUCCUCCAAUAAAUAGAUAAAAAAAAACCUAUGUCUUAGAUCAAAAGCUUUAACUGGGCAUGCAGUCUAGGGAAAUGCACCAACUAGCUGUAACAUUAUGAACACUUAGGCAAUUUAAUGCAACCCAAUAAAACUGCUUUACCAUCAAUUCAACUUUCACAAAGCUUCUGCAUUUUAAAUGCUUGUCUACAUUGUCAGACAGGUAAUAAUUUCUCUUUUAUUCAAUUGUUAAGGCUGUAAUGGGUGUGAAGGUGUACAAGGAAGAUGUUCCUAAUAUCUUCUCCCCUCAUAUUUGUUGAAGAAGUGGACAAAAUAUAAGGAACACAUUUCAAUAGAACACACUCCAGUCCACCACCUUCUAUGAUUUCCAAUUAUAAAUACAACAAUCACAAAAAAACAGGAGGUUAAGAAGCUUCAUGAAAGUAGAGAUUAUAGUAGAGCUGUUGUAUUAAAUUGCAUAAUGUAAUGUUAUCAUGCCAUGAUCCUUUCAACUGAGGAUGUGGGCGAUUUUACCAGAGACGGACAGCAUUAUCAAGAGAUGUUUUAGGCCAAAAACUCAUUUUCGUCAAAAAAUGACUCAGGCCAUUUUUUUCAUAGGGUGACGAUAUAUAUAAGGUCUACAGCCAUUGUGCCUUAAAGAGGUAUUGGGAAAAUUCUUAUCUUAUUAGUGAAUGUUGUUUAUUACGCCACCUUAAAAAACCUGCAUUUUGCAGAUGUUUUCAGUCACACUCUGAAAAAUGUUUUUUGGGACAAAGCUACAAACAAAUUGUCUCUUUUGAAAGAAAAAUUAAGACUAGACUGUUGCUGCCAUGUGUUUAUUUUCCUACAGGAAAAUUAGAGGAGCUUUUGACAAAGCAAUGCAAUGUAAACUUAAUGGUUCCUUUUUACUUUUCGAUGCUCUGAUUGUAAGAAUCAUUUGUGCUUCGUGGUUGCUACAGUUCUGAGAAAACUAAAAACCUCUGCUCUCCUCGUCUUGUUAUCGCUCUGGUGAUGUCUCUGGUGUCCAGCCCAAAGGAUCUGCAGACACGGCACACAGCGCCCAUGCUACAAGGUGUCCUACAUUCAGGAUAGCAGGCGGAGGCUGACCUUUGAGGAUGCCAGGCAGGCCUGCAGGCUGGAUGGCGGGGAUCUGCUCAGCAUUGAAACAGAGAGUGAGCAGCAGCUGAUGGAGAGGUUUAUAAAAAGGCUGAAGCCUGGAGAUGGAGACUUCUGGAUUGGACUCCGCCGCAGCCCUCAAUACCACAGAGCAGGGACUGCAAGCCCAGGCUGCCCGUCACAGUACUACUGGCUGGAUGGAAGCAAGGCCAAGUUCAGGUCUUUCCAAGUAUUUUGUCUAUAUUUGACUCUUUCAAAGCUGAAAAUGGUAUAAAGAAGGGUUUCAUUUGAAGAAAUGGGCUGUUGUUGUAUUUCAGAGAUUGAAUAUCUUAAUUUCUUCACAAAAAUUUGGGAAAAUUGAAAAACUCAUAUAAAACAUACAAUUGUGUAUAUAUAUUUUUUUGCUUUAGAAACUGGCAUUGGGAUGAGCCAUCGUGUGGAAGUGAAAUGUGUGCAGUUCUGUACCACCAGCCCUCUGCACCACCUGAUGAAGGUCAUUUCCUGUUCCAGUGGAAUGACGAUAACUGCAACUCCAAAAACAACUUUGUCUGCAAAUACCCAGAAGGUGAGCCAGGAAAUCUCAGAGACUAUGUAAUACCAGAAAUUGAAUGACAUCUGGAGCUAUUUACUUUGUUUUGAGUAAAAAACGAUCUUGUCCGUGUAGAAUGACUCAUGUCACAAGUGAGCGAUAACUUGUUUCCGUUGUGGAAAUCAUUUCAUUACACAUCCUAAAAGCUCUGUAGGUCUUAUAACCUCCCAAAGAAAAAAUAAGGAGCAGCUCGCAAUUGAAAUGAAAUGUGAGAUUUUCAUGCAAAGAGGUUAUGAGACUGUUUUUUCUUGUUCAAGAGGAAAACAGUACCUUUAUUUAUUUUCUCUUUUUUAAGUAAAGUAGAGCAGAAAUAAUAACAAAACUGAAAAUCUACAAAAAACAGUUAUAUUUUAGAAAUAUUACAUGGCUGUAUGAUGACACUACCCACCUGUUUUUACUGUAUUUGCAGACAAAGCACCAGUAUUUACCAAGGAUGAGAACAAAGCACGUGCAGGUACAACAUACACAUGAGCACUGCCUUCGACCUGUACAUUAAUGUGUUCGAAUUGAUCAUUGCACCUAUAUGUACUUCAAGAAAGCUGGACUUCUAUUAACACCACUUCACUGUAUUGAUUGCAUUAUUUUCAUUUAAUAGCUUUUGCACAUACAAGGUUUUUCCUAGGUUGUUCACUUCAUUUAUUCUAUUAGUGAUAUGACAUUGCCUAAGAACAGGGACCUCAAAAGGAAUCAAGUAUAGAUUAACAACACAUAAGGCAUAAUAUAAAAACUAUAAUAUAAGAUGACUUCAGCUGUCUAAAUCAUACAUCACAUAUUUUCUCUAUUGUUUAUGUUGUUUAAACUCUGUCUAAAGCAUUUUUUGUUUGUAAUGUUUGUGUAAUAUUUUCUUAUCAUGUUCAUCUGAUGGGUUUGAUGUUUUCUGAUUGCUCCAGUUCCAUCUCUGAGGCCAGCCAUACUCUCAACUACAGAAAGUGAUGAGAAGCUAAAAUUAGGACUACCUAAGUCUUCAGGUAAGACAAGAGGAACAGAAAAAAACAGAAGUAAACCAAAAAUAAUAUCUUAAAGAAUGAAAUCAAGAGUAAGUUAUGCCAAGUGAUAUUCUUUCCUUUACAGUGUCCAUCUCAGACAACACGCUCUAUAUCUCCUACAUCCUUUAUGCAACUAUUCCCGCUUUACUCUUGCUGCUGAUUGCAGUUGCUGGCUUCUUCUGCUACAAACAGCAUGCUAAAAGGUAAAAAAGACAACUGCACUACAUGUUUGAAUGUUAGAGAUGGAGCAUUUUGUCUCAGGAUAUACAGUAUGCUUUUUUUUGCAGAUAAGUCAUAAUUUAUUUGUGAAAUGCUGUAUUUUAAUGACUCACUUAUUAAUUCAGAUUUAGCUAAUAAGGUGGUCACUUCCCUGAUAUACACGUCCCCUCAUAAAUCAAAUACCGAUGACCUUGCUGUGCUUUUCGUUGUUGUUUUGUUCAUAUUCAGGAGGAAAACAGUCGUAGACAGCUACCUCGGCAGAUCAGAACCAUGGAUGUCUCCAUCAACACCAUCACCCUGCCCUAUACAAGGACCUUAUGCAUUCAGUGACAUUACCAAACUGCCUCACACUUCUCUGGACAGAAGCAUGCCUACAAGCAUCAUAACAAAGUAUAACCUUGCUCUAUGUCAGGACUACCAGUGUGAGGAUUAUGAGAAUGUGGCGUGUACACACAGGGAGAGUGGCUUUGUGACUAAUGACAUUUAUGAGACCUGCAAAGCUCAGGCUGGGUGGGUGGAAAAUGAGAUCUAUGGAUAGUACUGCUGGUCUCUGUGAGUGUCCUUUAAUCUCAAACCAGCUACUAAACACAAUCAGAGGACAGAGGGAAGGAAGAUGUUUUUCCAUCUCUUCAUCCUUGUACAGCAAUUGAUUACUAAACGCGUGGACUCGUAUUCCUCCAGAACUGCAUUCAACAUUCAUACUGCAAGUCAGACUAACUUUUAACCAAUCAUAGCUCUAAAGCCACUUAGGCAACAAGAAGACCAGGACCACUUGUACUUCUUUGUAAUUUAACACUACAUUACAUGGGCUACAUCUGUCUUCAAGUGUUUCAAGUAUUAUACCGUAUUAACAAUUAAAGACACUUUCAGUUUGCUGCUUUGUUUGGCUGACCUGUUAGACUGAACGGCUAAAUGUUGACCUCAUUCACCGUCCUUGUUUUGUCAAUUAUCAUGCUAACAUUUGCUUAUUUGCACCAGAGUAACAUUUAAAGUUAAAACUGAUUGGAAUUAUAUUUGCUUUGUUUUUUUGCAUCAACCAAAUAUCAAGUCAAUACAAAGAUAAAUAAGCGUGUUCACCGUGAGUUUGAAUAUAAAGUAGCCUAAAGCUCAGACUGAUGUGAAUGAAACGAUAUAUUGUUUUAGGUACAAAUCAAAGUACUAAAGUUGAUUCUGUUUUUGCUGUUUGUUACAUUUCAUACAAUCGACUCAAAAUCCAAAAUGUAAACUUUGCGAUGAUGCUGUGUCAUACUAGAGGGUCAUAUAACUUACCAGCAGCACUGAGGCUUUGGUAUCAAAGAGGCAUUGAUGAGCUCAAAUAAGCAUUACCAAGUCAGCAGGGUUUGGCAGUGAAGCAGUGCUGAUAUAUUUGGUAUGGUAGAUUUAUCCCCUAACCCGAGGAAGAAAUGCCAGUUGUCUGGACACACGCAAAGUUACUCGUGUUAUAAACAAUACAAUGUCAGCUGUUUUCCUGUCAUGCCACCAUAUGAUACAAAAGCUCUCUGUGGGGUGUUGUCUUAUUUACAGGGCUAUUCUGCUUCCUUCAUGAAACUUGAGGAGUUGUUUUAGCUCUGUAAGGACUUUCUACUUGGAUUCUGAUGUCAGGUAACAGGACAGGACUCAUGGAAACACUGAUGACAGAACUCUGCUGACCACAGUAAACCUCAAAGCUGCGGGCUUUCCCUACUCCACCUGACUGUGUGAGAAACUCAGCUCUCCCACUGAUUUUUGGAGGAGUUCAGAACAUGCCGUGGACUCGCCCGUCAGUGUUUGUUAAUAAAAUAAUAUCCUUGCCUUGUACAUUUGGAAAGCAAGCAUGGCUGUAGAUUGUGUCUUAAAUACGCCUGUGUUAUUCCUGAGUGUCUACUGAGUGGGCUGUUGGGUCUGUGUGUUGGAAAGUUGUAGCAGGCCCAGUAAGGAGAGGCUGAGUGUGUUCUUGGAGAAUGUUACACAGGAAAUGCCAAAAGCACAUCUGGAACUCUUACAUUCAGGAAGUCUGUGUGUGACAGCAGAGGCCUCUGCAGCACUGCUCUGCCUGCCUGUUAGUAAUCCACUGCUCUGUGUUCACUGUCACUGCUUGAGCCACUGCUGGCUGUGAAUGUGAGCUGUAUCUCAAACAUGGCGUGGUUUGCUUACGAGUUCCUAUUUGCAUUUCACCUUAAACAAAAAAAAAUCCCCUUGUUUGAAUGUUUUUACAUAUAUGUACUGGUGUAUAAAGAUGUUUUUAUGUCACAUUUGAUGUGUUUGAAGGUAAAAUACCUGUGUCUUGAAGGCAACUACAACUGUAGUUUUGAAAAAUGUGUUUCAGAAGCAAGUGAAGCCUUGCUUCAAUAUUGUGAUUUCACCAACAGAUGGUGCUGUCAUGUAGCUAACCAAGAAUUCUUUGUGGCUGAAAAAAACAAAACUCUACAAUGUUUAAGUUUCAUUCUACUUAAAAAAAUAAUAAUAAUAAUAAUAAUAAUAAUAAUAAUAAUAAUAAUAAUAAAUAAAAAUAUAAUAAUUAUAAUAACUUAAUUUGUAUAGCACUUUUAAAAACAGAAGUUUACAAAGUGCUUUGACAAACAGUUGUUAAGCAUCAGCACAUGUAAAUAAAAACAAAUAAAAAGCAAAAGCUCAGUAAAAAACAAGGCCUCCGAAUUUAGGGCCAAUUUCAUUUGUCAUAAGAAACCCAGACAAUA